AUGGCGCCGCCAAAUGGCUCUGCCAAGAGCCGCAAGGCUGUCACCCCCAAGACCAAGCCGAAGCCUGUGGUGCCUGCGUUGCCUCUGAAGCGGAGACCGGCGCCGGUCACCGUUGCAACAAAGGACGAAAAGGACGAUGCGGCCACGGCUCCAGGUACCAAGGCUAAUGAUGCUCAUUCGGAGGCGUCUCAGUCUAAGCAGGUAGCCAAUGGUGUAGUGCCGGAAACUGUUACUGGGAAUGUCACCGAUCCCGCAGCUCUCGAUUCUCAGCGAAAGGCUGAGUCACUGCCAGGAUUUGAGGGUUCAGCCAACGGAGGCCCCAGCACAAACGGACACUUCAGGGCUGUUGCCGAGACUGUCGAAUCCGAGACCGGGGCUGGGAACAAGGCGACAACGACGACGACUGACGAGAUCGACUUGGAUAAGAAGCCAAAUGGGGCCCCCGUCGGUGGACAGACAGCCGCCGGUGACUCCCAGACCGAGUCGACUUCACCUGAGCCGGCAUCAGAGUCAGCCACCGACUCCAAUGUUGCGUCCAAGAAUGAGCCAAGGCAGAAGCCAGGUUGGUCAACACAAGAGCAUGUAUUCCGCCAAGGGCAUCAUUUAUUUGCUAACCCACACCCUUCAGCCCAACAUCAUGCUGUCAAAGCCGCCAAAGGUCAGCCGCCACCAGGUAUCUCGCCUUCUCGUUAUCAGAUGCCCCCUCCAUUUCAGCCCGCCGGUCGACCAUAUGCGGUUGUGAACAAUAAUGACAUCUCACGUGGCCCGCCUGUUCCUCUACCCAAUGGGCCGGUUCAUAUGCACCAUUCGCACCCCAGCAAUAGUAGCAUUCACUUUGGCGCAUUCCAUGGGUCGCAAAGCCCGUCUCCAGCGCCUCCUCAUACUGGAGGUAUGGUCCCUCCACCGGGCAUGACGACGGCUGAUGCUCGUCCCGCAUACAUGGCACCGGCAGGGAGCGGCUUCCCACCGAUGAUGCCGCCGUACGGCGCAGAGAUGAUGCAGCCCGGAAGCUUCGACAACUACGGGCGACCAGGGAUGGCGUACGGUCCUAUGGAGGCCUUCUCACCAUAUGGCAACAAUUUUGGGCCUUCGACACCCCACAGCUUCCACGGCUCCCAGUCUUCCGGCCACCCCGAUGACAGCGGCAUGUAUCACCAAUACCCACCCAAUGGACAUCGCAACGGUGCUACUGGGCCUGGGGAAUCUGAUGGACAUGUCCAUAACCACCAAGGGAGAAUGUUCGGCCACCCAGAGUAUUCGGGAAUGAUGCCAAGAGCCGGCCUUCCGCACCAGGGUGCUGCCCUCGAUGACGGCAGUGAUGGAUUCCUCUUCUUCAUUCAACAACACUUUGGCAAUGCUGAGCUGGCUGAUUGCACUCUCGAACUCAGAUACGUUGACGACAGAGCUGCUCCUGUUCGUAUUCCAGGACACCGAUUGAUCUUUGCUCGCAGCGGGCCCCUUGCUGAGCAGGUUAAGAACCAAAUGCAUCAGGUGUCUGACCGGGGUAUGCAAAUCCUGCUGCUGGAGACCAGGAGCAGGUGGAUUCGAUCCGACUCCUUCUACAUGGCUGUUCAGAGACUCUAUGGACACCCCCUUCUCCCUAUUCCGCCUCGAAACCGCGUAGAAUCGGCCGACGUCACCGAUGCCGGCACCUCCAACGAACAGCUUGACUUUGCCUUGUCUUACGCUGCGGCUGGCCACUUGUUAAGCUGGAUGCCUGUUGUUCGCAGAGGUUGUGAGGUGGCAACUCAAUUGUUGAGCUGGCAGACCCUGGAGAAAGUUAUCGAGUUUGCUCUUGACGGGUCUUCUGACAACGGCUCCCACAUGUCUUACAGGUAUGGGGAGGGGUCCAAGGUUCUCCUUAAUGCGGUGGUCACUUUCAUCGUUCAUAAUCUACCCCCCACAUUCAGUCUCGACACUGCGGCAGGACACCCGGAACAGUAUGCCCGCCUACCGGAAUGCCCUCCGCCGUCGCCGGCCAGUAAGAAGCGUGGUCCUGUUGUUGCGAAAGGAUCUUCGGUGUAUCUUGGAAUGGGUCGCCGCUCUCAGCAGCUCACAGGAAUACAGUUUGGUGACCUAUCUUUGGCGGAGGAAGCUGGCGGGCCGGACUCUGUGACUCCAAAGGCGGCGCAGCAGGCUCAACCCGUGCCACACGUGGUGUUGUCCCGAGCCCUGAUCAACCUUCCGUUCUUUCAACUUAAGAUGAUUCUAGAAUCGGCAGGUUCUGGGAAUGUAAACGGAUGGGCAAACGCAGAGUCACGCUAUCGCAUCAUCCGGAGUGCCGUGGAAGAGCGAGAAGCACGACGACAUCGUACUCUUGAGGCUGUCCUAAGGGGACGUCUUCAAAGCUCCCUUUCACUUCGUUCUGCCCUGUGCAGCCCCACUCCUCAGGACAUGGGCCCUUGGAGUCCUCUUGGCUGGCAGGAGGAGAUUCUUCCCUACGGUAAUGCUGACGGACCAUCCCUUGGACGCAAAUGGGUCCCGUUUGUGGAACCUCAGAGGAAUCCGGAAGCUGCCUACCCCUGA